AUGCAGCGGGACUUGGGGAGCUACCCGCUGGCCCCCAGCGUGCGAGUAAAGUUGGUGAGUGCCGGUUUCCAGACAGCUGAGGAGCUCCUGGAGCUGAAGCCUUCGGAGCUUAGCAGAGAAAUUGGGAUCUCUAAAGAGGAGGCUCUAGAAACACUGCAAAUCAUAAAGCGAGAAUUCCCUGUAGAUCUGUCAGGAUUUGCUUCUGUAUCUACAUCAGGCAAGAAAUAUACAGCAUUGGAACUUCUUGAGCAAGAACACACCCAAGGCUUUAUAAUUACCUUCUGUUCAGCGCUGGAUAAUAUUAUGGGGGGUGGAAUACCCCUAACCAAAACAACAGAGAUUUGUGGUGCACCAGGUGUUGGAAAAACACAGUUAUGCAUGCAGUUGGCAGUAGAUGUACAGAUCCCAGAAUGUUUUGGAGGUGUAGCUGGUGAAGCCAUAUUCCUUGAUACAGAAGGAAGUUUUAUGGUUGACAGAGUGGCAGAUCUUGCCACAGCCUGUGUUCAGCAUCUUCACCUUAUUGCAGGAUCACACUUGGAAGAGGAGCACCAAAAAGCACUGGAGAACUUCUCCCUAGAAAGCAUUCUCUCCCAUAUCUAUUAUUUUCGUUGCCACAACUAUACAGAACUACUGGCACAGGUUCAUCUCCUUCCAGACUUCCUUUUGGAACAUUCAAAGGUCCAGUUGAUUAUAGUGGAUGGGAUUGCAUUUCCAUUUCGUCAUGAUUUUGAUGAUCUUUCCCUUCGAACACGGUUACUGAAUGGACUAGCACAGCAACUGAUCAGCAUGGCAAAUAAUCACAAAUUAGCUGUAAUUUGGACUAAUCAAAUGACAACAAAGAUUGAUAAAAAUCAGUCCAUGCUAGUACCUGCUUUAGGGGAAAGUUGGGGACACGCAGCUACAAUUCGACUAAUCCUUCAUUGGGACCAAAAGCAGAGGUUAGCAACAUUGCACAAAUCACCAAGCCAGAAAGAGGCCACUGUGCUCUUUGACGUAACGGCCCAGGGUUUUCGGGAUGUAGUUGUUCCCUCUCCAUUAUCACCUCCAGUGGAACCUUCAGUGAACCCCCUAAAGCGAUCACGAGAUGCAAGAGAAGAAGAAUAAUAUUUAAAGAUUUUGCAUUUGUAUAUAUGUACUGGGCAUGGUUUAUCCCAGAAAUAUUUUCAUCAUAAAAUGAC